UUUUAAAAAUCAUUCAUUGAAAAUUAUUACUUUUUUCGGUGUGGUUGUGGUGUAAUUUUUGUUAAUUCACUAGUGCUAGUAGUGGGUCUUGUUUCCCCAUGUAUAUUUUAUUCGGAGGUUCAUUUAUUUAGUUAAAUCUGUGCUGAAGAGUUGCAGAGAACAUGGAGCCGACCCUGGAUGCGUCGUUGGUGGCGCAAUCCAUUAACUAUCAUGGACAGCAAUUACAAAAAACUUGGGAGGCCGAACGCGGCGAGGACGAUUUAGCGAAAGUUGGCGUGGGAGCUUUGGACUAUAAUGCGUUCCAAACAAGGCACAAGGCUCCAUUCGCGGACCGUGGCAGGAGGUUAAGACUACACCAGUUCAUAGCUAAAGAGGCUAAUGUGCUGUUUGACGCAUCCUUGAUGGAGGAAGCUCCGUCGUCGUCUACUUUAGGUACUGACUCCACUACGCCGGAAGACAAUUUGUAUGCCCUGAUGCCACCGUUUGAGACCUUCUUAAGUGUGGAUAAAUCAGCCAGGCUUCGGCAUUUCUUUGACAAUGUGAAGACAGGAGAACUGAUAAUAGGGGCUGUCAUCAAUCGCACGGCAUCUGGGAUGAUGCUGAAAGUACUAUGCACGGCUGGGCCUACAUCUAGAUAUGUUGCAGAUAUCAAUGUGAAGGCAUUUUUACCAGUCACAAAUAUCAUACCAGCAGUGGACAAGAAAAAUGUGUCAAGAAACUACCUGAUGAAUGACACAGUGUGCUGUGAAGUCAUUGAAGUGAUCCCUGACACGGAUAAAAUGGUGUGCGGCAUGAAGGGAGUGACCCGGGGUCCCGAUGACCCUCCUCCUAAGCCACCUCUCGGUCUCCUCAGCACUGAUGACUUUCCCCUCAUAUACAAGAAAACUGUGGAUAUGAAGGGCGAGAGCUAUGAAGCCAUUUUGGAGAAGAGCCCUGGCUUCAAUAAUCCCAACUGCGUCCAAUAUCUAUCUGAAAUCCUUGGAAUCGCCAACAUGCAUUGCACUAAUUUUGCAUCAUUACGAGGAGGAUUCUCGCAGUCUGAAUACGCGGAUGAACUUCGCCAAGCUCAAGCUAGCAAGUGGGCAUUCCGUUCUGUCGCCGAAGGCAUAGAGCACUUCAAGGCUGGUAGACAUUCUGAAGCCUUUCAAUGCCUGAACAAAGCACUAAGCAUCGACCCGAGGAAUGUUGAAGGUCUCGUUGCGAGAGGUGCUCUUUAUGCUAACAGUGGAACAUUCAAAAAGGCUAUAGAAGAUUUUGAAACAUCAUUGAAGCUAAAUCCAAAUCAUGCAAAUGCUCGAAAGUAUUUAGGGGAGACGUUAGUAGCACUGGGUCGAAGUUACGAGGAUGAAAACAAAAUUACUGAAGCACAGAAGGCUUAUGAAGACUGUUUGGCUAUCAUACCAUUUCAUGAGGAGGCUCAGAAUUCUCUCGAUUUCUUGAAGAGUAAGACUUCUACAACAAAACCCUUGAUUGAGCCAGCCGAGUUGCUGUUGCCUGGUUUAACUGGAGCUAAAUCGUUUGAGAUGAAAGAGACAUUAAAACAGUUGUUAAAUUUGACUGAGAAGAAAGAGAAGAAGAAGAAGAAGAAACGUGGCAAGGGUAAGAAGAAGAGAUCAAGCAGUUCCUCUUCAUCUACGAGUGAAUCAUCGAGCUCCAGUUCUUCGUCUGAGUCAUCUUCGUCGUCAUCCGAUACCAGUGACUCUGAAGGGCCCAACCGUAAGAAGAAACGACGCUCUCAAUCGAACAACAAACGUCAGAGGUCUCUGUCACCGCUGAGCAAGCGCAUGGCGAUGUUAGGUGACGGCGAUUCUACGUCGCGCACGCACAAUUCGCAGUUCAACCACCCCUACGGGUACCAGCCACCACCGCCACCACAGGAGGAGCCUGCGCCGCCGCCGCCGCGCUCGCAGGCCGAUAUUGACUAUGAAUUAAAGGUUCGCAAGUUCCUAGAGAUGACUAAAGAAGACAGUGACUAUGAGGACAAAGUCCGCAAUUUCCUAGAAGAGACGCAACAAUACAAACGCAAUCGCAAGAUGCAGGAGCUAGGCCAGCAGACGCAGCCCGUCGGCGCGGACCAUGAUAAGAAAAAGAAAAAGAAGAAAGACAAGAAAAAGAAGAAGGAAUCAAAACGCAAACGCAAAGAGCAAGAAAGAGAAGAGAAGCGAAAAGCCAAGUUGUCUCGCUCGUCCGCCAACAAUGACUACAAUCUCCGCGAUUUGGAAAACAUCAGUGAUAAGAAACUGAGAGAUGCUAUAAGGAAAGAACUGAAAGGCAAAUCCAAGAGAGAUCUCAGUUCCGAUGGGGAGUAUGAUAGAAAACACGGUGACAAAAGGAUUCUGGACGAAAUGCACGGCCUAGAAGAACUAGAAUCGAAGUUGAGCGCGUACCACAUGAUGGUGGAAAAGGAAGUGGGCAAACGAGAUGGACGAGGUUCAUUGAGCCCCAUCGAUCAAGCGCCGCCGCCACCGCUCGAGAAACCCAAGUGGAAGAUGUCUAUGAGCGCUGUUAAAGACGCAAGGGUAAAGAAGAAGGAGACUCCCGCGCCAAAAGGCUAUAAAGAACGCUAUGCAUUUGAAGACAGCUCUGAUGAUUCACAAGAUCCACCUAAGCCAACUUCGAGUGGCGAUAAGAACGUGUCGGUUCGUCGCGCGAUGGCGAUGAAGGAACCGCCGCCGCUGCCUUCCGCACCGCCACCAAAGUCGCGCGAGCCCGAGCCACCCGGCACCGAAGUCGCACAUGCAGUGCGCAAAGGCAAUAUAGUUCUCGACAAGUUUGGAUCUUUCCGACUGGCACAAGAAGGCGAGACUCCCGUAUCCGUCGGCGAUGGGCGUCCAGAACAGUUCGUGACACGCAUCAAACCACCAAGCCCGUCCGGCCGAAGGCCGCGCUCGCCGCCGUCGCCGAGACGCAGGUCCUCCAAUUCUUCUGAUGAUAGACGUUCGCCGAAACGGUCAAGGAGCAGGUUAGUUGUGUCACGACCUCGCAAGUACCGUUCGCGUUCCGGGUCCCGAUCACGAUCUGCUUCGAGCGCCAGCGGUUCUGUGGCCUCGCGUCGUCGGCGGUCCGCCUCGCCGCGCUCCCGUUCGCGCUCUGAUGCCAGUCGAUCGUACUACUCGCGUAGUCGAUCACGCUCGCGGUCUGGAUCCAGGGAAAGGUUCCGCCGCUUCAACCGGCGUGGCAACUGGCGCGGCCGUGGAGGCUAUGAACGUGGCACUUACUACCGGCCGCGUUUCCACACGUACAACGGCGGCGGCCGGGGACGAGGUCGUGGCGGCGGCGGAGAUUUCCGUAGGGAUGACGGACGCAGAUUCCAGGGCGAAUGGAGGGACAACAGGUCGAGAGGUGGACGACCUUUCAGACCGAGGAGAGGCGGGGGUGGUCGCGGUAGACCAUUCAGAGGUGGCUUCCGUGAUUUCCGCGACAGACGUGGCCGGUACUCCAGGUCACGCAGUCCUGAAAGAACGCGCAGGUCCAGAUCUUUCAGCCCAGAAAGGCGCGAAAAGGACAGAGACAGCUACUCCCGUUACUCUGAAAGGGACAGCCAUCGCAGUGAAGGUGAGUAUGAGGAAGAAAGAUUCGUGGAUAGAAAGGAAUAUGACGGAAAGUGGGCAGACGGGAAUGAGCCGGAACAAAAUAACGUCGAGGAAAAACCCGCCCCGCAAGAGCAAGCGCCUAAAGAGUAGAAUUAAAAGUAAUUCUUGUCGUAAUUUAGGUUAGUUUCAUAGUUUAUGGUUAAGGUGCUGAAUACGGUCUCUAAUACCAGAUUGCAAUGCGGCAUAGUGAUUCCGUGCAAAUCCACUAUAGAUAUGGUAUUGGAAUUGCAUACACUGUGUUUGAUGUAUUGGAGCAUGAAUUGUUUGAUGCGCGUAAAUAAUUAAAUCGGUAUUAUUUAACCAAUUAUGUGCACAAAUAUUUUAUUCUUCACUUGUGUGACCUAUACAGCUGUAAUGUACUCGCAUCAUUCAUGUUUUCGUAAUGUACUCACACGUAGGUAUCUACAUAGUAAUUUCAUUAGGUGUAAAUAUAGGUGUGCCAGCCACAAGAUGUGCUACUUUUUUCACUACAUAUGGUUGUGGUGUACGAAUGUAACUCUCAUUAUUACAUCAGUAAUCGCGUAGUAAGCAAAUUAGGUCUCGAAAAAGCAAUAACCUAAGUUUUAUGUUAGCAUUUAUAAUAAAAUUAGACAACCAUUCCAUAAACUCCAAAUUAAUACCAACAUAAGUCACUAAUUAUAUUUGUUCCUGUAUUUUGUUAGGUGGUUGAAUUUUAAUA